CCUCUACAUUUCUCAAUCCCAUUUGAGGAGAAAGAGCCUUUGAGCUGUCUUCAGUCUCCUGUCAGUAUCAUUCUUCAAAUGGCAAGAGGGAAAGCAACAUCUUUGCUUCAUAUUCUCCUUCUUGGAUCUUUGUUGAUCAGUUUGGUGUCAGUGAAAGGAGAAAGCCCUUACAAGUUUUACACUUGGACAGUGACUUAUGGCAUUAUCUCUCCUCUUGGUGUCCCUCAACAGGUGAUUCUGAUCAAUGGUCAGUUUCCUGGUCCAAAGCUUGAAGUUGUGACUAAUGACAACAUCAUCCUCAAUCUCAUCAACAAACUUGACCAACCUUUCCUCUUGACCUGGAAUGGAAUAAAGCAGAGGAAGAACUCAUGGCAAGAUGGUGUACUGGGAACAAACUGUCCAAUCCCACCGAACUCAAACUUCACUUACAAGUUCCAAACCAAAGAUCAGAUCGGAACUUACAACUACUUCCCUUCCACAGCCUUUCACAAAGCGGCCGGUGGAUUCGGAGCUAUCAACGUCUAUGCAAGGCCUAGGAUCCCAAUCCCUUACCCUCUCCCAGUCUCAGACUUCACUCUACUCAUCGGUGAUUGGUUUAAAACCAACCACAAAACGCUCCAACAGCGUUUGGACUCUGGUGGGGUCCUUCCAUUUCCAGACGGUAUGCUCAUAAACGGACAAACCCAAACUUCAUUCACAGGCGACCAAGGGAAGACUUACAUGUUGAGAAUCUCCAAUGUUGGGUUAUCGAGCACUUUCAAUUUCAGAAUCCAAGGACAUAAGAUGAAAGUAGUCGAAGUCGAAGGCUCUCACGUGAUUCAAAACGAUUAUGAGUCUCUUGACGUUCACGUUGGCCAGUCUCUCUCUCUUCUUGUGACCUUAAACCAACCUCCUAAAGAUUAUUACAUCGUUGCAAGCACCCGGUUCCUGAGAAGGAAGCUUAACUUUACUGGUCUGUUGCGCUAUUCAAACUCCCGAGUCCCAGCUUCUGGUGCUCCUCCUCCUCUUCCUCCUGGAGAGCUUAUUUGGUCCAUGAGACAAGCCAGAACAUUCAGGUGGAACUUAACGGCUAAUGCAGCUAGGCCAAACCCUCAAGGAUCAUUCCACUAUGGGAAAAUCAAACCGACCAAGUCGUUUGUUUUCUCGAACUCAGCUCCUUUGAUCAACGGGAAGCAACGCUAUGCGGUCAACGGAGUCUCUUAUGUGAACUCAGAGACGCCUGUGAAACUCGCUGACCACUUCAACAUCGCAGGAGUGUUCAGCACGAAUGCUAUUCAGAGCUUCCCCUCUAACUCGCGUGUGACUGUUGCGACGUCGGUUGUUCAAGCAUCUCUCCAUGAUUUUCUUGAAAUUGUGUUUCAGAACAAUGAGAAGUCAGUGCAGUCUUGGCACCUUGACGGUUAUGACUUUUGGGUCGUUGGAUUUGGUUCUGGACAAUGGACUCCUGCCAAGAGAAGACUUUACAAUCUUGCUGAUGCUCUUACAAGACACACAACUCAGGUGUACCCAAACGCUUGGACAACAAUAUUGGUGUCUUUGGACAAUCAAGGGAUGUGGAGUAUGAGAUCAGCUAGAUGGGACAGACAAUAUCUGGGACAACAGUUUUAUCUAAAAGUGUGGGAUCCAGUGAAGAGUCUUGCCAAUGAGUACAAUCCUCCAGAUAAUCUUCUUCGCUGUGGCAAAGCUGUUGGAAGACACCUUUAGAGUGAUCAUUUUAUACAAGUUUUUACUUCAUCUGCUCUUUUUUUUAUUAUUUAAGUUGAUCAUGUGUUUGUUUGAGGGUUAAUGGUUUUGUUAUUUCUGGUCAUGAGAGUAUGGCUGGUUUUUUUACAUUUGUAAUGUGUUAAACACCGCAGGGAGGGAGAGAGAAGUUUAAUGCCUUUUAAGUAGGUUGUUUCUUCAGAUUGGAGGUUUAAAAAUAAAUAAAUAUUUUGUA